AAUUUGUUAAACUUUCCGAAAAGAAAAGAGAUUCGGUCUCCUCCUCUCUCUCGGAUCCCCACUUUCUCCUGCAAAUCCAAUCCAAUCCCAUCCCGGCCGAUACCCUAGCCAGAAGAAAUCCUCCGCCAUGAAAGCCGCCGCCAAGCCCAAUCCUCCUCCGCUGCCAUCGGCGGCGACUUCGACGCAGCCGUCGACCAAGGCGGCAUCGUCCUCCUCCUCCUCCGCCGCCGAUCCCAACCCCAAGCGCAUCCUCCCCACCGCGGCCGACGCCGCGCACUCAACCCCCUCGCACCCUAAUCCAAAUCCCAACGGCGCGCCCAACCCACCCCCCCCCCUCCCAUCCCCGCACGCCGCCCACCUCCAGCCGCCGCAGCCCCUGCCCCCGCCGCGCCCGCUGCUCACCGUCGCGGCGGUGCAGGCCGCCAUGGCCUCCAUUCCGCCCCCGCCGCAGUAUGGUCUCGAGUGCCUCGACCGCCGCACCGUCGCGCUCUCCGACGGCACGGUUCGCACCUACUUCGCGUUGCCCCUAGAGCCUCCACCGCAACUCCGCCAGCCGCCGAUAUUCCCUGCGCCCCACUUAGGCCCGCCCGGCCCGGGGCCUGGCCUUAACAGGUGGAUUCCGCCACUGAUGCACGCUGCACCUCCUCCCGGGCCGCCCCAGAAGCGCAAGCGGGAGGGUCAAAGCAAUGGUGGCGCCCCCGGUGAGUCCUCGGGCCGCCAACACCAACAGCAUCAGAAACCAGAGGAGAGGCGUACUGCAAAGCAGGUCAAGGUCGAGACGUCAGAGCUGGAUGCGAAAGCACUCGAGAGCUCCUUUCUUAAGAUGGUGAGGGUGAUCAAUGAAAACACGGAGGUGAAGAAGAAUUACCGGGCCAAUGGACAGAUUUCCCAGCUGAGAUGCGUUGUCUGUAAUAGGGACUCGAUGGAUUUGCAUGCACUCCUCAAUCAUUCAUACAAUACGAGGAAUCCAGAGCUUCGUGCAGAUCAUCUUGGGUUGCACAAAGCUAUAUGUAUUCUUAUGGGUUGGAACUACUCCAUAGAUCCUGUAAACAGAAAGGCUUACCAAACAUUAUCUAUUGCUGAUGCUGAAGCCAAUCGAGGAGAUCAUAUUUUAUGGCCACCAACAAUCAUAGUUGAGAACACAUACAAGUCAAAUAACGACGGGAAAAAGGAUGUCAUGACUAAUAAAGAGAUGGAUGGCAAGCUCAGAGGAGUGCGACAAAUCAAUUGCUUGGACCAAAGCCAAAGCUUUAUAAAACCAUUUUCCCUAAAAUGGGGUUCGCCGGUGUGAGUGUGAAGCCACUAGUGGGCAAGGAUGGAGCCAUGCUAGUGACAUUCGCAAGCAACCUGGCUGGCCUGAAGGAAGCUGUGCGGCUUGCUGAGCUCUUGGAGGCGGAAGGCCAUGGACGAGCGCAGUGGGUCCACGCCCGGGGCCUCACCCCAUCUUUUGUUGGGGGCAGUAACCCCAUGUUUGUCAAGGUGGAUGAGAAGGGCGAACCGACAUGGGUCCUCUAUGGCUAUUUGGCCACGGCAUGGGACUUGGACACGCUUGACGCGGAGUUGAGGCAAAAUGUUGUAAUAAAGAGCAUGAAAGAGCUCGAUUUAUCUGAGUAGGACCCACCCUGUUACAAGUGUGUAUUUUAUAAGUUAUAAAACGGACUAGUUUGUCGACAGCGACAGCCACAUUUCACAAGUUUGCUCAUCCUUGUUAAUCAUAAGUGUUGCCUCCUUGACAUGGAUACGCCCAACCCAAA